AUGAUCAUUCGACGCAAAACUCUUCAAUUGAGCGAUGAUGAGUUGAAGGCCGUCUUGCAGAUUGUUGUGCCUUUUAGGGAAAUCGAGGGGCUUGAUCGCGAGAAAUCACAAGAGAUUAUUAUUAAAUGGUUGUUUUCGAAUGGAUUUUCAAUAAAUCACGAAUUCGAAUUUUGGAAGGACGACGAUGAUUUAUUCUGUAUCAUCCGACAAAACAAAGUGAAAAACUGCCAGUGUUGCUCAAAUGAUUCAAAUUCGGGAGUUGGCGGAGGGACGUCGAAGCAAAAUGGGUGGUCAGGAAGCGAAAAAGUUUUUCGACCGCCAGAGCCGCCAUAUAAGAAUGGGACCAACAAAAUCGCACCGAUCACCGUUCAACCUACAAUUAUCACCGUAGAUCCAUCGCUAAAUGGAAAACAAGACAACGAAAAACUCUCCGGAUGCGCCUACCUAAAAAGGGAAUGCGGUUUAUGCAUAGUUCAAAUUUGCUCACAAAUUUAA